UUCAUUUUUUCCCCCGGUCGUUCCCGAAUGGUCGAAUAGCCUGUCAAUCACAGUUAGAAGACUUUCUAUUGGACGACCGGGGAGGCGGGCGCGCGAAGUUGGCAAGGAAGUUAGGCAGCCAAUCAGAGGAGGCGCUCGGCAGAUAGAUUUCCCUUAAAGGGGCCGAGACAGAUUUAGGUGUGUCUCUUCCUGAUCCAGGCAGGGAAAUUAUCUCAUCGUUUCCGGAAAGCAAACCGUGGUUAAAAAGCCCCUUUCUUCCCGAGCAUUCCAGUUUGAAAGCCCGGAGGAGAUCUGAACUCUUUGGGAGGGAUCUGCAACUGUGAGAAAAACCGCACUCCAAGCUUGCAACAAAGUGCCCAAAGAAAGGAUGUCUGUCGCAAACUUAUGGAACUGCGUCCCGGAAGAAAUCCUGGCUCACAUCUUUUAUUACCUAUCUCUCAAAGACAGGCAUGCGGCUUUCCGGGUGUGCCGGCACUGGGCCGAAGCCGUUUCCACCAGCUCCGUUUGGGGCUUUACGGAAGUCAGUUGUGAUGGAGAGGAGGAGGAGGAAGGCACCUUGACGAGUCUGCACCAGUUCCUUCCCCACAUCAAGCACUUAAAAAUCGUGUUCGAUCAGUCCAAAAAGAGCACCCAGCAGAACGUCACCCGCAUUUUGGACCUGUUGCCCCAGAAGAACCACAAGUUGCGGGCCUUGUGCAUCGAGUGCCGAGGAGAGAACCCGUUAUUCUAUUCUGGCCAAGACAUAUUGCAGAGCAUCCGGAACGUCUGCCGGAGCGACACCAAGAUCGACCUCCGCUGCCUCGACUUCCGCAAAAUGCCCUUCACCUUGGACGACGCCACGGUGCGCCUCGUGGCUUUGGGCAGCCCCAACUUGCACACUUUAUUCCUCAACAACCGGACUUUGGUGUGCAACGUCAAGCCGGAGACGACGCUCGAGGUGUUGCGGCUUUGCCCCAAACUUUCCAUCUUGGGCGUCUAUUAUGUCAGCCUCUCGGAGGACGUUUUCCAAGAACUGGCCGCACCAAACAGAGCUCCCCUUCGGCGCUUGGAUAUUUUCUGCGAGCGUUUGGACAAAUACAGCGCGGUCAUCCCGGAUGAAUUAUGGGCAGCGGUGAGCGAGAGGCACCCGGCGCUGCGGGUGGAGCUGGAGUUCGACCACACGGUCCCGGCGUGGAAGAUCCCGCGGAUACUGAAGCCCAACAUCCCCGUGUCCACGUUGCAACUCAACACCUACAACUACAUGGUGAACCAGGUCCGCUUCGUCACCGGCAGCUACAGCCGGUCUCUGGAGAGCUUUGUCCUCCGCACCACGCCUUCCGAGGACCUCGACGCCGCGCUGAUCGAGUUGGCCAAAAAGUGUCUUCGCUUGAAGGAGAUCCACUGCUACUGCGUGGUUGGCCAAGACGUGGUGGACGCCUUCCUUGCGCAUUGUGCGCAGCUGAAGAGUUACACAUUGAAGAUCACCAAAGAGCGCGGACCUUGGAGAGCAACGGCGGUCCGAUAACGCCGAUGCGCAUGGACAAGUUGCCCAAUGUUUUGGAAUCACGGGAGUUUUAAUAUAGACUCUUUAGCAUAAACCAGGUGUUGGCCAACUUGGGUUGUCUCUCCGGGUGUUUUGGACUUCAACUCCCACCAUUCCUGGCCUCAGGCCCCUUCCUUUUCUUCCUCAGCCGCUUAAGCGGCUGAGGAAGAAAAGGAAGGGGCCUGAGGCCAGGAAUGGUGGGAGUUGAAGUCCAAAACACCUGGAAACACGGCCCAAGUUGGCCCAGGUGUCAAAGGUAUGACUUCAUGGCUUCUUGGUUGGGCUCGAGGGAGAAAAGGAAGGGGCCUGAGGCCAGGAAUGGUGGGAGUUGAAGUCCAAAACACCCGGAAACACGGCCCAAGUUGGCCCAGGUGUCAAAGAUAUGACUUCAUGGCUUCUUGGUUGGGCUUGAGGGAGAAAAGGAAGGGGCCUGAGGCCAGGAAUGGUGGGAGUUGAAGUCCAAAACACCCGGAAACACGGCCCAAGUUGGCCCAGGUGUCAAAGGUAUGACUUCAUGGCUUCUUGGUUGGGCUCACGGGAAAAAGGAAAGAGCCUGAGGCCAGGAAUUGUGGGAGUUGAAGUCCAAAACACCUGCAGAGCCCAUGUUUGCCCAUGCCUGUAGUUCAAUAGAAGUGGAUGGCCAUAGAUUACAAAGCACUGGUCACUUCUACCCACUUUUUUUUGCACUCAAUACAAUUUAUUGCUAUUUGUUUGGAUCGGUUGUAACCCAGAAUAAACAUAUUGCAGAUUUU